UUACUGUUCCUUUAACAGGUGGAGGAUUUUUCAGAUUCUAGAUGCAGCAAGUAAGGAUAGACGGGGUUCUCCAAACACUAAUCCAGGCGCCAACUCUCCAUCAUCCACAAAGGCCCGGAACGCAUCUAAGAGUGGGAAAAACUUCCACUACAUCACCAUCCUCCGAGACCCAGUGUCCCGGUACUUGAGCGAGUGGAGGCAUGUCCAGAGAGGGGCCACAUGGAAAGCAUCCCUGCAUGUCUGUGAUGGAAGGCCCCCAACCUCAGAAGAGCUGCCCAGCUGCUACACUGGCGAUGACUGGUCUGGCUGCCCCCUAAAAGAGUUCAUGGACUGUCCCUAUAAUCUAGCCAACAACCGCCAAGUGCGCAUGCUCUCCGACCUGACCCUAGUAGGCUGCUACAACCUGUCUGUCAUGCCUGAGAAGCAGAGGAACAAGGUCCUCCUGGAAAGUGCCAAAUCGAAUCUGAAGCACAUGGCGUUCUUCGGCCUCACUGAGUUUCAGCGAAAGACCCAGUAUCUGUUUGAGAAGACCUUCAACAUGAACUUUAUUUCGCCAUUUACCCAAUACAAUACCACCAGGGCCUCUAGUGUUGAGAUCAAUGAGGAAAUCCAAAAGCGGAUUGAGGGACUAAAUUUUCUGGAUAUGGAAUUGUACAGCUACGCCAAAGAUCUCUUUUUGCAAAGGUAUCAGUUUAUGAGGCAGAAGGAGCAUCAGGAAGCUAGGCAGAAGCGUCAGGAACAACGCAAAUUUCUGAAGGGGAGGUUCCUUCAGACCCAUUUCCAGAGUCAGGGUCAGAGUCAGAAUCCGAGUCAGAACCCAAAUCUGAAUGCCAAUCAGAAUGUGACUCAGAAUCUGAUUCAGAACCUGACUCAGAAUUCGAGUCAGAAUUCGAGCCACAAGGAGAACCGUGAAAGCCAGAAGCAGAGCGCAGGCCAAGAGCAGAGCGAUGGCAACACCAGCAAUGGCACCAACGACUACAUAGGCAGCGUAGAGAAAUGGCGUUAAGUGGCUCCCAACGGCCUUUGCGCACUUGUCCCAAAGCGCCAGUAGGAGUAUGGCAGAUCUUAAAACGUGAGAGUUUCCAAACACAUCUCGCUUCCUUAAGUUUGGAAGUUAAAGGAAAAGUUAAGAUGUUGCCUUUACAGUUGCCUUUCAAUUAAAUGUUAUACUGUGCGUGGGUAAAACAACUCUCGGUAUGUAAUUAAAUUGUCUCUUUUUGGUUUGUUGGAGUAUUUAUAAAAUCCAAAAACCAAACCAGACUUGCCAGAAAUUGCUGUUUCUAUAUUUUAAGAAGUGCUUAAAUUAGUCAGAGACAAAAUGAAAACAUAAAAUGUGGCCAUUCAACUUGUGGCUAAGAAACGGACUCCAAAUUAUUCGUGAUACACUGUUAAAGCUCAAUCUUGGAGGCAGACAUUUGUUUCCAGGGGUAGGCAUGAAUAUAAACAGAAAAAAAAAAAACUACAAUUAACCACGAAACCUUUUAGUUUCUUCUGAUUUUACCAAGGAAUCUAUUUAAAUGGAAUAAGAACUGAUGGUAAAUCUUACCAAACAAUAGAAACGAAGAUUUUUCUGUCUGAAACAUGGGUAGUUUUAUGUAAAAAUAUUGGCUUUUCAAGUAGAACAGGAUUCGUAUCUUGUUAUUUAAGAGAUGUUUAGAAUUUUCAACUUUUUCUACCUUCUACUGUCUAAAGGUUUUAAACAGGGUGUAUCUCAUAGUAAACAAAAACCCUUUUCUCCCAAAUGGAAUACCAGUGUAAAGAUCUAAUUUUCAGACACUUUCUGGGCACUGUAAUUUCAACAAUUCUGGAAUCCUUUUGGCUCUGCUUCUCAUUCAUUUUAAGGCUUCUCCGAGUUGUGCUCAUUCCAAAACAACCCAUUUAUAGAAUCCUUCUUCAUCAUAUAAACGGCGUGUUGCUGAGUUUCUUGUGAUACAUAAUCCUGGAUUAGAGUCAGGACUUUCUUUCUAUAGAAUUGUCUUAUCAAUGUCUGUGUAGUGAGGUCCUUAUCAAGAAACUCUUGAACAGGAUAACGUGUCUAAAAAUAUUGCUGAAGUUAUUCUCGAUCAGAUAGAAGUGAACGGGAAUGUGAGUGAAUUGUUGCUGACUUUUUGUACAAUUUUUUUGUACCGUUUCCAGUUGGGCUGGCUACUUCUAGCCCAUUUGUUCUUUUUGUGUGUGCGUGUUGACAGAUUGUAGACAAUUACAAGAGGGGGGAAAUGGUAGAAUAAGCAUUAGGAUAGCCAGUUAUUCAGUAACACCAAAAGCUGUACCUUGAUGCUUUGGCUAACCCCCUACUAGGUUCUGUUUUUAGAAAGAACAAACAGCAAGAGUGCUCUGCAGUGAGGUUAAGUAGCAGGAGCAUAUGCAUUGAGGAGAGUGAUUUCAUAUUGUUAAGUCUCUGCACAAAUACUUUUAAGGUAUCGGUUAUGAAUCGAGCAGAGCAAGAAGGAGCACGUCCCCCACUGUGCUGGCAAGCAUCAGGAUUCUGGGAAAUUUCCAUUUUAUGGGUUUUGCUAUGCUUUUGUAAGGACUUAACCCUCACCCCCUGCUGUGAAUCUAGCAAGACACUUGGAAGUGGCAUUUAUGUUUUCAGGAGCGACAUGUUUAGAAGUGCGAUGAUAAAGUCACAUCUUGUACAAUCUGCUGCUUAUCUGCAUGAUCUAGUUUCAUCUGUAAUACUAUGGCCACGAGCCGGACAAGAAGCUGAGUAUUUGGGUUUGAAAAUAAAUGUGCUUGACGCUGAGCUUGUAUCACUGUAUCUAAAGUUUCUUUUGUCCAACAGUGUUGCAGUCCUGGGAAUUUGGAGAACUGAAAAACCGAAAGGAAUUUGUUUAAAACCCAGACACGCCUUGAAAUCCACGUGUUUUUGAGUGAAACUAUUUUGUGUACGUUGUGUUUUUAAAAUAAAGAUCCUGUAGAUCACUGUGGUUAUUUCAAUUUUGUUUAGUUUCGAUUCACAGUGUUUGCUCUUAAAACUGAUAGGUACUGCUGAAAAGCAGGACGAAGCCAGAGCCAGUGGAAAAGCUUGUUACAGAAAAAAACAUUUUGUGUUAUAUUGUCGUGGUGUGCAUGGCUUGUGAAGAUUAAGUGCAUUUUCUCUGUCUAUACCGAUUAUUGUAUAUAAGGGAUGUGAUAAAUACACAUUUUUGUCAUUAUCAUAUAAAUCCCAUGAUUUCAACUGUAAACAUCUGUCCAAUGGUGUAGCUUUACAGACCAUUUGCUGAUUUUGUGUAAUUUAACAAUAGAUAUGAAAUAAAGUUUAAAUUACAGACUCUGA